CAGCUUCCUGAUUGGGCACUUGGCUCUGAGCUAUAAGAACCUGAUGCUAGUGAGUGACCCCUCAUCCUCUCAGGAACCAUGGAGUCGGCCAUCAAGCUCACUCUCAUCUCCUUGGUGAUCUGUGCCUGCAGUGUGGGGACUAAAGCAAAGUAUACCCAGGGAUGUGAAGAUCGAUACACCUCCCUUGACUGUGGUUCAGACUUGAUUGAUGUGCAGUUGGCCAGUUACGGUCGGACAGACAGGAUCACCUGCUCUGAUGGACGCUCAUGCCACGAGCUGUCCAACACCAGCUGCUCCGCCCCCAGCUCUCUCUCAGAAGUGAAGAAACGGUGUGAUGGAAGGAUGACCUGCAUGGUGAAGGCUUCAUCGCUCAUCUUCUCAGAUCCGUGCGCCGGCAUCUCCAAGUACCUGGAGGUCCUCUAUCGCUGUGUCUCCCCAGAGGAAAGGACCAGCCAGACAUGUGAAGGCGGCGAAGGAAAACUGGAAUGUGGUUCAAACGUAAUCCACAUCCAUGACGCCAGUUAUGGCCGGACUGAUGAAACCACCUGCUCUUCUGGACGACCUGCACAUCAGCUUAGCAACACCAACUGCUAUGCUCCCACAACACUCCCCAUAAUAAGGGAAAGAUGCGAAGGAAGAAGCACAUGCACAGUGCAUUCCUCCAACCACAUCUUCACUGAUCCGUGUUUUGGCACCUACAAAUACCUGCACAUCUCCUACAGCUGUGUUCCUCCAAAGUCCAGCCAGACCUGUGAAGGCCAUCACAGCAGUCUGGAAUGUGGUUCAAAGGUCAUUCAGAUACAAGCGGCCAACUAUGGGCGGACAGAUGGCACUACAUGUGCAGACGGAACAAACCCGAGCCAGGUCAACAACACCAGCUGCUUUUCCACAAACACACUCUCUGACAUGAGGCAAAUGUGCCAGGGGAAGAGCUCAUGUGAGGUGAGGGCUACAAACGCAGAGCUCUCCAACCCGUGUCCUGGUACCCACAAGUACCUGAACAUCUCCUACAGUUGUACCUCCAAUUCAAGCCAGAUAUGUGAAGGAGACGCAAUGAGAAUCAAUUGUGGUUCCAACCAUUUUAUCAAGAUUCACGAGGCCAAUUAUGGGCGUACAGACGUGACAAUCUGUUCUCAAGAACAUCCGGCGCAUCGGAUCUCCAACACCACCUGUUAUUCACCAAACGCCCUCUCUGUUGUCAGAAACAGUUGUGAAGGGGAGGUACGGUGCACAAUUACAGUGUCCAACAGCAUCUUCUCCAACCCGUGCCCUGGUACCCACAAAUACCUGGACGUUACCUACAGCUGCGUUCCCCCUAUAUCCAGCCAGACAUGUGAGGGUAACAGCACCAUUCUGGACUGUGGACCAAAUGUGAUAUCCAUCCACACUGCUAACUAUGGGCGCACAAACAGAGACAUCUGCUCUGCUGGACAGCCUGUUGAAGCGGUCAGCAACACUAACUGCAGGACCUCCAGAACCCGACCCAAACUCCAGGACAUGUGUGAUGGAAAACCUACAUGUAAGGUCACAGCAUCAAGCUCCACCUUCUUUACCCCCCGUAACUGUGAAGACACCUAUAAGUACCUGGAUUUGUCCUACAGCUGCAAGGCUCCCAGCUCUCCCUAAACCUGCUCCAGAUUACAGCUCCCAGCUCUCCCUAAACCUGCUCCAGAUUAUUACAGCUGCAAGAUUACAGCUCUCCCUAAACCUGCUCCAGAUCACAGCUCCCAGCUCUCCCUAAACCUGCUCCAGAUUAUUACAGCUGCAAGAUUACAGCUCUCCCUAAACCUGCUCCAGAUUACAGCUCUCCCUAAACCUGCUCCAGAUUACAGCUCCCAGCUCUCCCUAAACCUGCUCCAGAACAAAUCUGCUCACAGUGGUUCCUCAACGCCAAUGUACCAAUUAUCAUGGCAAUCCAGUAAUACUGUUCUCUUACCAAGCAAAUACCCUGAUCUAAACCUGUUGGGUUGGGUGGAUGAAUGCUGUCAGUAGUCAACAUAGUACUAAUACAAUAACAUUUGAUUCAUAAACAUUCAGCUUGAUUUGUAAUAAAUUCAGUUUGAUUUGUAAACAUUCUGUUUGAUUUGUAAUUAAUUUAGUUUGAUUUGUAAUUAAUUCAGUUUGAUUUGUAAACAUUCUGUUUGAUUUGUAAUGAAUUCAGUUUGAUUUGUAAUAUAUUCUGUUUGAUUUGUAGUACAUUCUGUUUGAUUUGUAAUGAAUUCAGUUUGAUUUAUAAACAUUCUGUUUGAUUUAUGUAGGACCAUUACGUUUUUUGUUUUCAAUGUUCAGCUUUAUAACACGAGCUGCUUUACAUCAUGCAGAAUCAGACGUUCUCUUAUGAAUCAGAUAGACUGAUCAAACCUGCUGGGUGGCAAUGUUUAUUUGGAAUUUGGAAUUCAACUUAUUCAUACUUAUUCUUACUGGUGAUGGAGGCACUUGUGGUUUGUAGUUCAACUUGAAACAUCUUUCCGGUUGAGGCCUUGGCAAACCCCGGACCCAAAAAUCCUGUAAUCAACCAC